AUGGCGUAUAUGCAGCAGAACGCCUUUGCCUUUGCUCCUCAGCCUCAACCCCAAUUCUUCUAUCACCCCGACCAAUACCACACCUAUGUCGCUCACCCUCAGCAAGCCCCCGAUGAGUUUUAUAUGCCCUAUGCCGGAGCAGAGUACGCGGAUUUCAUGGAGGCAGGGAUGAUGCACGACGAUAUGGGGGAAUCGCAGGAGAUCUCAACUCGCCCAAGACUCACCAAGGAACAAGCAGAGGUCCUCGAGGCCCAUUUCCAGGCGAAUCACAAACCGAGCUCGCAGCUCAAGAGAGAAUUAGCCAUACAGACAGGCUUGACUCUCAACCGGGUUGGGAACUGGUUCCAGAACCGACGAGCGAAAGCAAAGCAGCAGAAACGACAAGAGGAAUAUGAAGCUCAAACCUCCUCAGUCAAUGUUCCAUCGAACGAACCCGAGGGGGACGAAGAGGCAGAGGACGUGAAAGAUGCCAAGUCAUCCGAGGACUCAAGGUCAGAAGCUGUUUCCCCAACUGGCUCUGCUUCGCCCACGAAAGCAUCCAGCACGACGACGACGACAGACUCAACAUCAGCCGUUGAGACGCCGGACACUCCCGUGCAGGCAGUUGACAACUCGAAAGAGGCAAGCUGGAACUCGUUACAGAGAGCACUUGGGCAAGCCAAGGCAGCACGGGCUCAUCUAUCAGGCCAAGCCCAAGUUAGCAUGUCACCUCCAAAGAUCCCUGCACGGGCUCCUGGUAUGCAGCUGCCAUUGCGUCUCAACCAUCACCAAACGACCCCGUCAGCCUCGUAUGUGUCAGCCUGGCGAAGCCAGCACGCCAACUACAUGGCGUAUCCAUCUCCCAUCACGCUUCAGGACACUUCGUUCGAUUUCGGCUUUGGGAAUGACAUCGUUGACCAGGCGCCAGCUCAGGAGUCUACGAUCGACCCAGUGGUGGAUUACGCACAGGACUCGUUUGUGGUGACGCCCCAAGACUUCCAGGAGCCUCUGGCCACACCGAAAGGCAUCACGCAUCAGCAGAACGAUCCGAUGACAGCUUUGCCUUCACCUGGAUUCUCGAUGCCUUCUUAUCCCGGAUCACGACGCCCUUCGGCUACAGAAGACCUUUCAGCCACCUUCGGCAACGUUGCCCUCGCAGGAACACCGCCCAACUUUGUUCCGGAACUCUAUGGUGCAGCAUCAAUUUGUCCUCCUCCGAGCGGCCCCCUUGACAUUGCUGCUCGGCGAAAGCGACCGCGACCAGCUGCACUGACUUCUGCGUCGCUUCGGAGUCGUUCAUACGGCGCAAUGACCUCUGUUUCCCCCACCUUUCGCCAAGGUAUAAUGAGUCCCCAAGGUCCUCACAGCGUCCGCCACGUCAAGUCGGCAGGUCAAAGCCUGCACUCUCGGUACGCUGGCAUCCGUAAAGCUAGUUCAGCUCAGAGGUCCCCCAUGUGUGCGACAACCUUUGCCGAGGCUGACGCUUUCAACCAGCUGAUGGCACAGCAAGCCAUUGCUACAGCGCCGCUCACCGAAAUGCCGGAACCCCUGUUAUCGCCGGAUCAUGUCUCGCACGACUUCAGCUCGGUUGAACCUGAGAAGAAUCCUUUCUUCAUACAGAACAUGGACAUGUCUAACCAGUACUCUAUGCCACCGCCUCAGAAUCUUUCUAUCACCACAGCAUCACCUCCAGCUACACCAAUGAUUGCAAACUUCAUGAGCAGAGGGCCAUCACAACAAUCACUCAUGCCUCCAGCUUCCGCGCCUCCACAAUAUGCGACUUUUCCUGACUACACACCACCCUACUCUGCUGGACCUCUUACCAAUAGCAGCUGGUCAGAUGCUCCGAUGACGUCGCCGGAUGUUCCUUCAUUCCCUGUCACCUAUAUCUCGUCUGUGGGCUUCCCGCAGCACUACGACGCUGUAGACAGCCAAAUCCAGCAGUAUGUCCUACGUUCAGACAACAAGUCCGAAGUAGACUUUGAUUCUCAUUUCGACCAAAAGAAAAUGGAGUUCUGCAUCCAAGAGUUUCCCAAUCAAAAACAAGAGCACGCACAUGUUGCCCAACAGCUCGCCCAACAGAAGCCGAAGGCUUACGUGUUUGCAAACACGGCUCCUCAAGACUACAACGGUGCUUGA